AUCUUUGGGACUGUGUAUUGGGCACCAUGAGUCAUGAUAGGAUGUCUGUUACGCGCCCUCCGUUUCUUGAUGGUUCCAACUACUCGUACUGGAAAUCCAUGAUGGUGAUCUUCCUUCGAUCUCUUGGUAAAGGCACAUGGCAGGCUGUUGAGAAUGGUUGGACUUUACCCCUCCAAGAAAAUGUUCCUGCUGAAACUAAGGGCGCUCUAUAUGCUAUCAUGUCUGCUGUAGAUCCCACCCGGCACAAGAUAAUAAUUCAGUGCACUACCGCUCAAGAAGCUUGGAGGAUCUUGGAAAGACAGUUUGAAGGCACAAACGCGGUUAAAACGUCAAAGCUCCAAAGAGUCUCAACUGAGCUCGAUGAGAUCCGUAUGAGGGAGGAAGAAACCAUUGACAUGUACUAUGCUCAGUUCUGCGAUCUAGUAAACCGAAGUGCUAUGCUUGGUGAACCGGUCCCAGAAGCUAGACAAGUUCAGAAAUUAAUGAGAACUCUACCAGAUAGGUUUGGGAUCAAGAUUACAGCACUACAAAGAUUUCAAAGAAUUCAGAAACUUGGUAUUGAUGACCUUCUCAGUGAGCUUCGCACUUUUGAAAUCAAUCAUGGAUUUGAUUCUAUGAGGAUAAGCAAAGGGAAAGGCUUAGCGUUAAAGGCCAAGGUGCGUACUUCAGUAGCUGAAGAUGAAGAAUCCGAUGAGGAAUCUUUUGAUCCUGAUGAAACCACCAAGGCUCUCACUGUUCUCACCAAUAAUGUCUCGAAGCUAAAAAAGUUCCAGAAGAAAAGGUUCCAGGGAAAUAAAUCCUUUGAAAGUGGUAGGAACCAGCUUCAGCAAUUUGGAGAAAAACGUUCUAGCAUGCAACUGAGCAAAUCUCAGAACUUGAACCAGGGUGUUGAAAAAGAUCAAUGUCGUGAAUGCAGGGGAUUCGGUCACUUUCAAAAAGAAUGUCCUAACUUCAAGAAGAAGAACAAGACGUUCAAGGCUACAUGGUCUGAUUCUAGUGAUGACGAGGAGGGAGAAUCUGAAAAGACUGAGAACUCUAACUACUCUAAUAAUUCUGCAAAAUGUCUUCUUAAUGAAUAUAACUGUUUUACUUCCUCUGUUCAUCUACCUGAUAACGUAUGUCUGUCUUCCAUACUUGCAUUGAAAUCCACCUCUAACUCUGACUGGUAUUUUGAUAGUGGAUGCUCUCGUCAUAUGACAGGUUUGAGGUCUAACUUGACCAAUAUUAUGCCUGUCUCUUCUAGUUCAGUAACUUUCGGUGAUGGAGCAAAGAAUAAGGUUCUUGGA